UGCUUUUCACUUGACAGUAAUAGUUUUAGUCUGGUGAUCAGAUCUAGUGGGUUGAGUCCUUCAGCUGAGCUUCAGGUUUAAAUAUUUAACAACAUUUUUAAGGCAGAGGAUUUUCUUUAUGGAGCACCUUUUCCCCAUUGUUCUCAUAUUUAUUCCAGGUGUCUGGAGUGGAAACUGGCAGGUGACAAUGAAGAGUCUAUGUGCUUUCAGGGGGUCAACAGUUACGAUACAAUGCUCCUAUGACUAUCCUUCCUGGCACUUUGUCAAAAAUGUUAAAUGGUAUAAAGGACGCUGGGUUUCAGGUCAUUUUACUUUUGACCUUUUGACAUCACCACACUUUGAAUAUGUUGGUGACAACAAACAUGACUGUUCCCUGAAGAUUAAGAAUAUUCAACGAAUAGACGAAGGACCAUACUACUUCAGAUUUGAAACAUAUUUGGACAGAUGGAGGAGUGAGGCUGUCUAUUUAUCUGUUGAUGAUUUAAUUGCUUCUAUAAAGUCACCAGUGGUAACAGAGGGAGAGACCGUGACACUGACUUGCCAUUCAGGGUGCCACACAGAUAAUCAGUUUGUAUGGUACAGAGAAGAACAGAAAGUGACACAAACACGUUUCAUAGCGAUGAGAGAGCAAGCUGGGAGGUACACUUGUGCUUUGUUGGGACAAGAGCAUGUCCAAUCUUCAGUAUCUCUAAAUGUACAAUAUGCACCAACAAACGUGAAGUUGUCCAUAAGCCCAUCAAAAGAGGUUAUACAAGGCAGUGCAGUUAUCUUUACCUGCAGGAGUGAGGCCAACCCCAGAGUGACAUCUAGUGGCUACAGUCUGUAUAAAGAUGGAAGUGUUAUCAGUUUUGGACCAAACCACACAAUUUCUGAGGUUCAGCCCAGUGACAGUGGACAGUACUACUGCCAGGCCUGGAAUAACAUCACCAGGGCAGGCAGCAAGCUUUUCCAGUCCUUUAAAAUCAGUGUAAAUAUUUUGUAUCCUCCCACAAACAUUUCUAUUUCAACCGAGUUAACAGAAGUCAUAGAAGGCAGCGAUGUGAACCUGACUUGCCACAGUAUCGCAAAUCCCUCAGCUGUUGGUUUCGUUUGGUAUAGAACCAGCUCCUCCUCUGUGGUCCAGCUGGGCUCUGGGCCAGUCUUGUCUUUGUCCCCUGUGGAAGCAUCCAGUUCAGGACUUUACAUGUGCCAAGCAUCAAACAGACUCGGAGAAAACAACUCGACUCAACUGCUGCUGUCUGUGAAAUCCAAAUACUCUGCUUCUUCCUUCCCCAUCUUGGCAGGAAUUGGUGUGUCCCUUUUGUUUGCAUUUGUGUUAGCACUCCUCUUGUACUGGAAAAAACAAAAGAGGAACCAAGACGAAAGUCAGGAAACAUCAGGAUUAAGUGAAGGAGACAGUUAUUCAGAUGCUAUUAACACUUCAGACAAUAUUUACGCCAAUGCCCUCAUGUUUCAGACGCCUUCAUCUAAAGAAGAUUACUCAUCUUCAGAAGAGGUUUUUUACACAACAGUGACCAUCAGACCCAAAAAGCCAACUUGCCAAAGUCACAUAAAAACAACCCCAGAGAAGGACUCUGUGAUCUAUGCUACAGUUGCUAAAUCUAGCUAAGAAAUAAAGGUUUGUCAACAAUGUCAACAAUCUAUCAGUGUAUUCAAGUCCUAAAACAUACAGUUUAAUGUAUAAUAUUUUUGUAUAUAUAAGUAUUUAUGUUGUAAUACAUUUUAAAAUACAUUAUAAAAUGUAUUGUAUUAAAUUCUGUGGUGCAAUAAAAUUUAAAUGACAAA